CAACACUGUAAUAUUGGAUUGUCAAAUAGAAAAGAGAUGAAAAUUUUUUCACCAUUUAGGACUUGAGCAAAUUAGCACAAAAGUUGAUAAAAAUCGUUGAGAAAAUUAUAUAAAAUAGUGGAGUUUAAACACAAACAAUGCAAAGAUGAAUUUUUCUUAAAAGUUGGAGAAACUAACGUAGCCAGUGGAAUAGAAAUUUUUUUGCAGAAACUGGCAGUGGGCAGAGUGCAAGAAAACGAUAGGUAAAAAAAAAUAAGGCAAAGAGCAAUAGUAGUGCAGUGGCGAGCAGCAGUCAAAAAGGCAAAACAGGUACAAGGCAAGCAAGUAGUGAAAAAGGGAGACAGUGCAAGAAAACAGUGAUUGAAAAGAGACCUAGAAAAGGAGUAUACGUACAGAAACGAAAAGAGGAAUAUCAAUAAAGCAGUGCGGAAAAAAAUGAAACAUCACUAAAUACGGAAAAAAUCAAAAUUACGCAGACACAGUAAAUUGUAUCACAAACAAAUUCGCGCACCAUAUUAUAUUAAAAAUUUCAGAGGUAAUACCUCUAUAUAGUGGUGUAGUGAUCAAGAUAAGUGCUCGAAAUCUGAGCAAUUUAUUUUUAGGCUCAUAAGUAAAAACAAUUGUAUAAGAAAAAAAUGUCUUCGAAUAAUCAAUCAUCCGCCGCGCAGGGUGUAAACCCCAGUUCAAAUACUGCAAAUGCAGCUAGUGGGGCAACAAGUGCGGUUUCAGAUCAACGUAAUGCUCCAACAGACUCUCCAUCUGCUGCUGGCGGCAGUACCACUACAACGACUGCUGGUGGACCAGCAGAUAGUCCAACUCGAGUUGCAAAAACACCUGCUGUUAAUACAAAGGAACGUGUAAUUGAUAAUGUUCCAUUUCCACCCAGCCAUAAGUUAACUAUGGCCGAAGUGUUUGAUCUGAGAACUGGCAAACCAAAUCAUGACAUAUUAAAACAGCAUUUCAUUCUUGAAGGUCGCAUAGAGGAGGCACCUGCAUUACGAAUUAUUCAAGAGGGGGCUGCUUUGUUGCGGCAAGAAAAAACUAUGAUAGACAUCGAGGCGCCAGUGACCGUAUGCGGUGAUAUACAUGGACAGUUUUAUGACCUCAUGAAAUUAUUUGAAGUAGGAGGGUCACCAGCCUCUACAAAAUACCUCUUCCUAGGUGAUUAUGUGGAUCGAGGUUAUUUUAGUAUUGAGUGUGUUUUAUAUUUGUGGUCAUUGAAAAUCACAUACCCGAAUACAUUAUUCUUACUGCGUGGCAAUCACGAAUGCCGGCAUUUAACAGAGUACUUCACUUUCAAACAAGAAUGUAAGAUCAAAUACUCGGAACGUGUUUAUGAUGCAUGCAUGGAUGCUUUCGAUUGUUUACCUCUAGCGGCUUUAAUGAAUCAACAAUUUCUGUGUGUCCAUGGUGGUUUGUCACCGGAAAUCCACGAAUUGGAAGAUAUACGUCGUUUGGAUAGAUUUAAGGAGCCACCAGCUUUCGGACCUAUGUGCGAUUUGUUGUGGUCAGAUCCCUUGGAAGAUUUCGGUAACGAGAAAAAUUCAGACUUUUACUCGCACAACUCCGUGCGCGGCUGUUCGUAUUUCUACAGUUAUGCAGCAUGCUGUGACUUUUUGCAAAAUAACAAUCUUUUAUCGAUUAUACGUGCACACGAGGCGCAGGACGCCGGCUAUCGCAUGUAUCGCAAAAGUCAAACCACUGGGUUCCCAUCGCUAAUUACCAUCUUCUCGGCACCGAAUUAUUUGGAUGUGUACAACAACAAAGCGGCGGUGUUGAAAUAUGAAAAUAAUGUAAUGAACAUCAGACAGUUCAACUGUUCUCCACAUCCUUACUGGCUUCCCAAUUUCAUGGACGUAUUUACUUGGUCGUUGCCGUUCGUAGGCGAGAAAGUGACUGAGAUGCUGGUGAAUGUAUUGAAUAUUUGCUCGGACGAUGAACUCAUGACCGAGGAGAGUGAAGAGCCGUUGUCCGAUGACGAAGCGGCGUUACGCAAAGAAGUCAUUCGAAAUAAGAUACGUGCCAUCGGUAAAAUGGCACGUGUAUUCUCAGUGUUACGUGAAGAAUCUGAGUCGGUACUGCAAUUGAAGGGACUCACACCAACCGGUGCACUGCCUUUGGGCGCACUAUCCGGUGGCAAGCAGUCUUUGAAGAAUGCUAUGCAAGGCUUCUCGCCCAAUCAUAAGAUCACUUCAUUUGCCGAAGCCAAGGGUUUGGAUGCUGUGAACGAGCGCAUGCCGCCGCGGAGAGAUCAACCGCCAACACCCAGUGAAGAGCAUAUAAAUAGUCAGGGAGGCACAACUGCGCAUAAUGGGUAAUUAGACUAAAGUGUGUAAGUUAUGAAUAUUUCAUAUACAAUAGUAGAUGAUAUAUGUAUGUAAGAGACAUGUAGAGGGAUGCAUAAAACUUUGAAAGUGUAAUACCUACAUACGUUCAAAAUGUGCAAUGCAAUUAAAUUAUGCAAAAUGUUAAAUACCAUUUAUUAAUUCAUUCAAGUUUAAAGUUAAUGAAAGAAAUUACAUAUAAAAUAAACAAUAAAGCAUUAUUUAAGCCAAGCACCUAUUGCAAGUUACAACUUUUGUUGUUCAAAAAUAUUGAAAAAAAAACAAAUUGCAAGAAAAAAUAUGCCAGUCAUUACUGUUUUUAUAAUACUAUCUUUAGUUAUGGACUACAUUUUAAUGUAAACAUACAUUUACUUUAAUAAGCGACGUUAAAAAUAUAUAAAAAAAAAUUAAGGACCCUGUAAAAAUUUCUUGAGUUUUAUUUAUUUAAAAUGGCAUUCCAUUUUGGUACUCCAUCUACAUUUUUUGACUUGUACUCAAAAAAUAUUUUUUCACAAAAUAUAAACCCAGUGAUGCUCCUUGAAACUUGCUGCUCCAACAUUAUCUUACCUACCAUUCACUUGAAAUACUUUUGAAUUUGGACAGCCACCAAAUAUCUGAUUUUGGCUCAUUUUGGUUGUAAACCCAUACAAGCAUAUGCAUUCUGUAUUUCAACUUUCUACAGCAUGAUUGGAUCAGUCAAGCUGUUAUGUUCUGGUGUCAUCAUUAACUACAAGAUUAUUUAUAAUGAAUUCUAUAAACGGUAUGUUAGUACUAAAACAUUUUUCCAACGCCCCAUAGGAAAGAAAUCUGGGUGCAAAGUUGGUGAAAGUUUUUGGAGAACUUUUUAAAUACAUACAUACAAAUUGUACACAUGGGGAAAUUUGUUAACUUAGAUAAAGACAUAAAAAAUUAAAAUAGUUACAAAUAGAAAAUUAUGAUGAAUAUAUAAUGGAGUUUAGGUAUUAAAAACAGUCUUAUUGUAUUGAGCAGUACAAGUUCUUUAAGAAAUAUGUAUAUGUUCUGUUAACUUUUAAAUGAAAGGAUCAGGGCAUAUUAAAACCCAUGGACAUUUUUAUCGUUUGUUCAAUAUUCAUCAAGCUCAUUCCGAAAUUAAAGGAAAUGAAGUUGCGUUUAGAUUCGAACUGGAACGUUUUAAUAACAAUUAAAUAUUUAUUUAUAAUGUUUACAAACCACUUAGUAGCAUAAAAUAACAUUCAUAUGUUUAAAAAAAAAAAAAAUCAACAAAGUGGGCAAAGCAAAAGCUUAGUGUAAACUACAUAAAUUUUGUAUUAUGUUCAGUAAAACGACAAAACUGUGAAUGGCAUAAUUGAAUGACCGAAAAGUUGGCAAAGCAAACUGCUUGUUGUUGGAAUAUUUAUGGUGUUAAAACAUAACGUUGCUGAUGGCGAAACAAAUCAAGUCAGUUUUACCCCCACUUGUAAACUUAAAAAAUGCUCGUAAAAAUUUGGUUUUCAUAACUUUAAAUUUGUAUUUUUAAGUAAAACUUCGACAACUUGAGCUAUCGGCAACAAAUGUCACCUCUGUAUGUAUGAAUAUUUCAAUGAAAUGUGUACGGCAAACGGGCGAAUGACAAAUGCAUAACAUAUGUUAUAAUCAAUGUAUAAUGACAAUGCAAACAUAUACAUAUACUCGCAAAAGAAAAACAACAAACACAAAAAAAAAGCAAACCACACAUAUAAAUAUUAAAAUUAUAGUUAAAAGGAGCUGUACGAAAGAUCAAAGUAAACGGAUUUACAUUUAAGUGUGUUUCAUGUCAAAAGGCUAAUAAAGAAAAACUACAUACAAUUACGAUUAAUAUAAAUUUGAUGCCAAAUCAAAUUAAAAAUCAUACAAUACAUGUAGUAUAAGGUCCCAAGCUUGCUAAGCACUAAUUAAGCAGCAUAAUUAUUAAAUAACACUAAGUCAAAAAUGUUUAUGAAUGUAAUACACACUGAAUUUCUCCAAAAAGCAAAGCAAUUUAAAUUCCACGUCGACAGUGUUACAAGCUGUGCAAGUAUCAUGAAAAAAAUGGGAGUCGUGAAAAUGUUAAAUAAUAAUUAUAAUGAAACACUUAAAAUCAAUUAAAUUAAAAAUAAAGCAACAUACAUAUUUAUAUAAACGUGUGUUUAAUAACGCUGCAGUUUAAUACUAAAAUGCAUUUUAAAUAUUUAAACUCACCAUUGGUUUAUGUGUUUUUCCUUUGCAAUAUAACAAAUAAACAUUGCCUUCAAUUUAAUGGCAAAUUAUAGGAGUAUUUUUACAUUUCAAAAUCAAAUUAAUUAAAAUUAUGUGAAUGUAUAGUUAAUGUUUAAAGCAAAUAGCAUUUGAGCGCAUUUAAUUUGAAAACAAAAUAAGAGCAACAAGUGAAAUUAAAUCAAAAAUAAAAUAAAGAAUUUUAAACUAAUAGGAAUGGUAUGGAAACAAAAUCAACAUAAAUGUAAUUAAUGCUUACAAGAUAUAUGUAUAUGAAAAACAUAUAUACUGCAUUUCAUGUAUUGUAAUAUCUAUUUAAGUGUAAGUAAUGCAAUUAUUUUUUAUGUUAUUGUAUAUAAAUAAAUGCUGUACUCUGUGCUUAAACGAAAUUUUUUUUAACUACUGUUGUCAUUAUGUUAUGCCAUUUUAAAAGAAUUUUUAAACAUAGAUAAUUAUAAUAAUAAAAUCGAAUAAUUGUAAUUUAUUUAAUUUUUUACAAUUUUAAUAAUUAAAUUAUUUGUUCGAUAAAUGAAUUUACAUGUACUUAUUUGAUAGGAAAUAUGAAAUGCAUAAACUAAAUAAAAAAUAAUAAUUAACUAGCAAUUAUUAAUAAUAUAUCUAAAAAAAUUAAACAAAAUUUAGUAAUAAAUUGAAGAGACAAUUGCAAACAAGAUAAAGUGUGAUAAACACAGAGUUGAAGAAUUGGAUUUUCGAAGUUAAACUAGAAUGAAAUUGAAAUUAGAGCAUGCAGAAUAAGCCUGCAGUGAAAUGUGAAAGCAAAUUGAAAUUGUUUUGGCAUGCCAGAACCUGCACUUCAAACAAACUUGUUCACACACUCAUUAAGAGCCGAUAAUUAUGCGCAUUGAAUAGCUAAAAUGGAUGAAAUUUAAAAACAUCUUUCAAGAAACUGAAAAACUGUUUAGAACAAAAAGAAACACAGUGUGUCAUUGUCGGUGCCACUUCUAAUUAGCGAUUAUUUCGUACGCACUCUUAAUGUGUAAAGCAGCAUUGAGUUCUAAUAUUUAAUACGAUACGAUAAUUAUAAUUUUCAAAAUAUGGAACAGUAAUAUAAUCUUCUUUGACAUGACCUACGGUUACGAAGAAUUAAACAACAGUUAAUCAUCCUUUACCAAAAAUCGAAUCACAUUGAACCAAAAAUAUAAUGGCAUCUUCAGCGCAAUGCAAAUGUUUUCAACAGAGUACUACACACACAGGUUUUUGAAAAAUAGUUAAAACUGAAAAUAAACAUAUAUAAAUGCGGGUAUAAAUUAAAGAAAAAUAGUUGUUUGUAGCGAUUUCGUACAAAGCUAACAACUAGAUAGUGGUUUAGAAAUAUAUUUCCAAUGUGCAAUAUUGAGUAUUAAGCCGAAAAUGGCAAAAAAUAAUAAUAUAUCAGAUUGCAGGUGUAAAAGCAAAUAAA